UUUCAAAUCGUAACUUUAAAAUGUUAUAUUUCCGAUUAAAGUAGAUUUUCUCAAAACAUUUAUUUUGUAAUUUAAAAAUUUUUUAGCGCUAAGCCCUACAAUUUAAACUCAUACACGGUUGUUAAACACAUAUUAUACAAGUAUAAUACAUAUACAAGUUAUUUUAUUUUUCAAGAGGAUUGUGUAGCAAUAUGUCAAAUGAUAUACUAACUUCUGCUCGGUUUAUUUCAAAAUGUUGUGAUGAAAUAAGCUCUAAAAUUGGAGGUGAUUGGAUUCGAUUGGGAAAACACCUAGACCUAAGUAAUACAGAUCUUGAUAACAUUAAUGUUAACUGUAGAAACUGUUACGAGAAAGCUGAUAAUGUUUUAAAAAUAUCAAGGCAAAUAAAUGGAGAUCUUUCAUGGGAGCAUUUAAAAAAAGUGUUAGAAGCUAUUGAGCGCUGCGAUAUCGUAGUUGAAAUUGAGAGGAAAUUUGAAGAUUACUUGUUAAGUCUAGAGAACAUAAGCGCAACCGAACAUCGAAUUCCACACGGUUGUGUAUUUAAGUUUGACUUGCAAGAAGAUGUAUGUAAAGUUGAAUUUCAAUUAUAUAGUGAUAGUAAUAAUUGGAAAGUUAUUAAUAAGAAGGAAAAAAAUUAUGUACUUAAUUACUUAACACAAAAAAAAAAUAGAACAUUGUUUGUUAAAGUAGAAAAUUUAUUGUAUGAAAAUGAAAAAAUAAAUUUCAAGUUUUUAUUACAAGAUUCAGAAGGAAAAAAAUCUCAACAUUAUCGUUCUGUUGUUAUUACAGGUAUUUGCUACUAUGAGUUGUGCUAUAAUGGUUUGUUUAUUGCAACACCUGCACCAAUUUUUAACAAUGAAUUCAGUAAGUAUAUAAAAACAAUAGAAUCAGUGGAUUGGAGAAAGAUAAACAAAAUUCGUUUAGAUAAAGUACCUGAUGAUAAACCAAUAGAGUUAAUUGCAUCAGAUUAUUUUAAUAGAAACUUUCCUGAUUGGAAUGAUGUUAUUUAUGUCACUCCUUCUAUUGCUAACAAUGAUAUUUUAGAUUUUGUUGUUUCCAAAUUUAAUGGUUUAUUUACUGUGAAUCAUACAGGCCUACGUGCUGUGUUUCCUAGCUACCAUUUACGUUAUCAUGCAUCUCUUUUAAACUGUAAUGUUGAAAAUUUCACAAAAUAUGACGAUGAAAAUAGAAUAACAAUAUUUUUCUGUAAGUUCAACCUUGUUAUAAUUGCUCGUGUUGCCACUUCAACGGAAUGCAUAAAGUUGGAAUAUGAGCGCUGUUUAAAUGAUAUCAUAUUAUUUGUUAAUGUAAACAAUCCUGUUAUCGGUUCUAAUAAGGUGAUUAUUUUAGGAAUUGUAGUUUUACCUUUACACGACCGUAAACUAUUAAAAGAAGAGUUAUUUUUUCACUUCUCUGAGAAAUUUAAUUUAGAUCAAAUUUUAUUUCUUUGUAAAGAUGACUUUGAAGAUGAGAGUUUUGAAAGUUGGUGGAGAUCAGUUGUAGAAUACUGCAUUAAAAUAGUAAAUCCACAAAAUAAUGAAGUACUAUUUAAAAAACUCAUCAGUUUAACAAUGGUCCUAAUGGCUAAAGUUGACCAUUGUUAUCCUACAUUAGAAUCAGAUACUCAAAAACAAAUACAAACAUUGCUUCUUAAUGUUGAACAAAGGAAUGCAAUUAAUGAUAAAGCAUUAAAAAAAAUCAUCACUGGAGGAUAUGGUUCAGGAAAAUCAAUAGUAGGAAAAGAGAUUGUUAAAAAUUGUAUUACACAAAGUUCAGAAAAUUCUUUUACCUUGUAUUAUAUAUGUUGUAACCAUUUCUCUUUGUAUGAGUGCCAUAUGAAAGAGUUUGUUGGUAGCAUAGAGAAAAUGUUCUUCAAAUGUUCUUCAAAUGUUAUAGUUGUUUGUGAUAAUUUGUUCAAUUUAUGGAAAAGCAUGUGUCAGAGCAAAAAUAUUUCAAACAUGUACAUUUCUCUACCAAAAUUACUAGAGCAUUUGGCUAGCAUCAACAGUAAUAAAGUAUGUUUUGUAUUUGACGAACUUUCUGAAGAAUAUGUUAAAGAAGAAGAUGCAACUCAAAUGAAACAUUUGUUUGCAUCUAUAUUGAAAGAUUCUUUAGUUGUUUUUAUUCCUGAGAGUGUUACAAAGAAUCGAGAAUUAGUAACAAAUAAACAAAAGCGUACACUACAAAGAAAUUUUUUUCAAGAAGAAUUGAUAGGAAUGAAGGUCAUAUCUCUAAAUAAAUCAAUGAGAGUUACAGAAUGCAAUAAACUAUUAAUUGAUAUUGCUCAAAAAACUAUUUACGAAACAAAAAGUGUUUUAAAUAUUCCAAAACAAAACCUCAAAACAUUGCAAGAAAAUAAAAAAAACUCUUUUGAAAGUGAAGAUUUGCAGAUAAAAAAUGAUUCUAAAAUUAAUUCUGUAAAAAAUAGAGGAAAAAACGAUAAAAAAAUUAACGAUACAAUUAAGGUUGAUAAAGAUAACAAUUAUGCAUUUAUUAAAAUUGAAAAAGGUAAUGGAGGUUCAUCAAAUGUUACUAAUGAAACUGUUGAUAAUUAUUCAGGCUCCAUCUCAGAUCAAUCUUCAGACUACAAAUUAUUUGAUACAAAUGUUACUGAUUUUUUUGAUAUUGAUAAAGAUUUCAUCGUAAACAUUUUACCAACAAGUAAAUUUAAUAUUGAUCCAAAUAAUUAUAUGGAGACUGAAUAUGUUUUUAAAUCUGGUGUUAUAGGACACUCCAUUAAAGGCGAAAAACCCAAGGUUGUAUAUUUACCUUUUUAUGAUAUAAAAAAUGAGAAAUCUGUAAAAAUAUUGUCCAUUAUAUUAGAAAAACUUUGUUUAAAUGUGUUAAGAAAAACAGUUGUUAUAUGCAACAACAUAGAAGAAGUGCAAUCUGCUGCGUAUGCAAUAAAUAAUGUUAAAAACUUUAAAGCGGUAACUUAUUCACCACAUUUGCAAAAAUACUCACCAUUGUUAGAAACAAAAUUCAAAAUAAAAGAAAUGUUAAGAAAUGAUAUGGACAUUCUUGUAACUGACUGCAAAGGAUUUUCAGGAGCAGAGUCUCAAUCUGUAAUUGUAUUUGUGAGUCCAGAAGAAAUUUAUCUUCGGCAUGUUCUGGUUGAUGCUAUUUCAAGAUCAAACUCACAUUUAACUGUGUUAGUAAAGAAAUAUCAAGACAACAAAAAGCCUUUAAAUGAUAAUAAAGGAAUAAGUGAUAAAUUUAAAAAAUUAAAAGAUAAAGUUUAUAGAUUUUUGAUAAAAAAAAGUGAUGAAGAGCUUUUAAAAAAUGAAAAAACUAUUGGAAAUGUUUUAACUAAUUGGUCAGACGAAAAUGUUGUUGAAAAAAUUAUAAUAACAUCAUCCAAUAAAAAAAAUCGAAAAUCAAAAGAUGUUUAUCUUGUAAUAAAUGAGAAUUGCAAGGCAUUUAUAGAUCGUGGUUCUAAUCAAGACUUUGAAAAGUAUAAGGAAAAUUUACAGUUUCAAAUUUUUCAUGAAAAUAACUUUAUAUAUGAAACUAUGGCUUUUAAUCUGUCUAAUCAAGUAAAACAAGAAUUUAAACUGGUUAACCACGGAGAUGAAACUCAAUCAUCGUCAUCUGAUACUGCUACAACUGCUGUGACACUUGGUACUACUACAAACGCACUGACAUCUGGGACCUCUGCAAUUACAUCGUCAUCUGGUACUACUACAAUUGCACUGACAUCUGGUAUUACUACAAUUGCAUCGUCAUCUGGUACUACUACAAUUACCUCGCCAUCUGAUACUACUACAACUGCAUUGACAUCUGACACUACUACAAUUGCAUUGUCGGGCACUGCUGCAACCGAUCUAAGUUGGAGCAGCUACAGAACUUAUCGCUCCCAGCACCCAGGACCUCUUUCUGAGAGGGAUUAUGAAAAAUGGUGCAGUAAUAAUGGUAUUGAUGAGCCAUCUUUUAAAUGGAUGACUCAUCCAUACGGGGGUGCUAUGAGGCACCAAGUAAAAAGUAGUAGCAAAGUAGUUUUUAAUACUUUCAAUCGGUGAAGAUAUUAACAUUUUUUUUUUGUUGCUGUUUUUUUCUUGGUGUUUUAUUUUUAUUAAAAAAAUAUAUAUAUUCUGAAUUAUGUUUGUUUUUAUUUUUUUUUAGUAUUUAUUUAGAUUAUUACUUAAAGUUUUUAUUACUUUAAAUUUUUGAUUUACAAUAUAACAUGGCUAUUAUAUUGCUUUGAAUAUAUACUAUAUCAGUUAAUCAGUUUUGUAAAAUGUACUACAGCUGUUUAUUAACUGUAAAAAAAUCACAUUUAUAUUUGUAAUAUUUUUAAGUUAUAAUUUUGAACUAAUUUUUUCGACUUCCAGCAUAUUUUAUUAUUUUUUUUUUGAUUGUUUUGAAUUUAAUAAUUUAGUGUUUCUAGCAACUUUUAACAUAUGUAAAGCUUUAAUAAAUUUAAUCUUCUGAUUUUAAUUUGUAAUAAAUAAAAUAUAAUAUUGAAAAAAAUUUAAGUAAAAAAAAAAGGAGAACAGAUAAAUAAUCUUUGAUAAACUUAGUUAUGUUGCUUAUGUCAGGGUUAACCCUGAUGUACUUAAUUAUGUUGCUUAAGUUAUCUUGCUGCAGUGAUGCUGUUGAAUUUUUUUAAAAAAAUUUUUUCUUUGGAAUUUAGAAAAAUAAAUUAAACUACAACUUUUUAACAGUCAUUUCAUUGUUUGUGAAGUUCGUUAUUGUUGUAACAUUGUUGUGGUGAUUUGUGUUGGUAGACAACUUGACUUACCUUCCCGUUGGUGUCUAUUGUUAAAAAUGAUUAAUUGGUAGUUCUAUUCAUGGAGCUUGAUGAUUCUAAUCUUCACUAAAAGCCAAGACAAAGCAUGUUGCUAUAAAUACAAUUUGUUUAUAUUUCAAUUUAUUUUUUAAUCUUUAGUGUUUGUUCAUAGUUCUAUUCUAUAAAAUAUUUUUAAUUGGCUUUUUAAUAAAUAAAUAACAUUUUGAAACCUUUGUUUCGCCUUCAAUAAAAACCAGCAUGAAAUAACGUCAAUGAACAACACCAUCAAAUACUGCUUCAUUAAGACAGCAACUGCAGUUUACCAAAAACAGACAUCAUAUGACGUAUUUAGGCGAUACAGGAGAACAAAAAUAACAAUUAUGUUUUGUUAAUUUGUUAAAAAGAUAUAUAUUUAUUUUAAAUAAA